GGUGCUCAACAGAUUGCUUCCUCCUAUCCUCAGACGGUCUUUGCAUGCAUGCAGCCAUUGGCACUCCCAUUGUAUGGAAGGAAACCAGCCCAGGGUCACACAGCUGGUCAGCAGCAACAUAGCUGGUCUCAAAUCUAAGGUGCCUGGCCAUGCCUCCAUGAGGGACCGCCUGCAAGGGAGGUUGAUCCUGGCUUUGGGGAGCCUUUCCUGGGCUGCACGAAUAACCUCCAUUGUUCGAGACCCCAAACUCUGCUCACAUCUUCCUUUCCCUGUCUCUGCUUGGGCUAUGAUCACGGUGACUCUAGCAGCCCUUCAUGGACAUUAUACUACUCUCUGCCAUUCACUUUUGGUCUAAUCUGACUUCAACCCCCACUUACUUGGUCUCUCCUUUUACAACCAAAACAACCGAAAUCUAGGGCUUCUUCUUUUUUUCUUUUUGAGACAGAAUCUCAUUGCAUUCUGUCACCCAGGCUGGAGUGCAAUGGUACGAUCUCGGCUCACUGCAACCUCCGCCUCCCGGGUCCAAGGGAUUGUCCUGCCUCAGCCUCCUGAGUAGCUGGGAUUACAGGCGUGUGCCACCAUGCCUGGCUAAUUUUUGUAUUUUUAGUAGAGACGGGGUUUCACCAUGUUGGUCAGGCUGGUCUCGAACUCCUAACCUCGUGAUCCGCCUGCCUCAGCCUCCCAAAGUGCUGGGAUUACAGGUGUGAGCCACCAUGCCCAGCCAAAUCUAGGGCCGGAACAUGGCUGCAGCAUAUAAAAAGAAUUGAAUUCCAUACUUUUGUUAACCCUGUUUUUUGUUUGUUUGUAGUUGUUGCUGUUUUUGAGACAGAGUCUCGCUCUGUCGCCUAGGCUGGAGUGCAGUGGUGCAAUCUCGGCUCACUGCAGACUCUGCCUCCCGGGUUCAAACUAUUCUCCUGCCUCAGCCUCCCAAGUAGGUGGGACUACAGGCGCCCACCACCACACCCGGCUAAUUUUUGUAUUUUAUUAGAGACAGGGUUUCACCAUAUUGGCCAGGCUGGUCUGGAACUCCUGACCUUGUGAUCCGCCCACCUCGGCCUCCCAAAGUGCUGGGAUUACAGGCGUGAGCCACCACACCCAGCCCCUGUUUUGUUUUUGUUUUGCUUGCUUCUUAGGGUUGUUUUUCUAUUUGUGGUAAAGGCAUUGGCUUUCCAUUUGUAGCAUCAAUAGAAUAUUUCCUGUUUACAAUAACCGUAUGUCAUAGUAAAUGGUAAAGGGAUUUAAAGCAGUGGUUUUCAGCUGCCAGAGGCCUGAGAGAGUUUGGGCACACUCUGUGUGAUCGGGCAGAAGGCCUGUGGGAAGUUUAGCAGAGGACAGGGCCAGGAAAGGUGAUGGACAGUGGGGGUCUGUCCUGGUCACCAGGCCCCUGGGUCCUGCCCACCUGCUUGGAGCUCCCCACCCAUCACACAUGAUGCUGCCAAGCCCUCUGGGUAUUGUGAGCAAAUACCUUAGGAGAGAAGCUGAUGAACUUUGUUUCUUGAAAUGCACAGAUUCCUUGGACAUCCCUGAGAGGUCAAUCAUGAAAGUCAACUUGGUUUUCUCCCCCUCAUUUGGGUUCAGAAUUUAAAGUCCACACACACAGGCAGUAAGAUGAUAUAGAUAAGGACCUCAUCACUCGGUUUCGGAUGUUAAAAUGUCUAGGUGGGUUAGGGGUGAUUUGAGAUCACACAACCUUGUGCCACAAAGAGGAAUUCCCAGGCCAGAGGGAGACAUUUUAUUGCCAUGUUAUGAUCUUAUCAUUGAGUUGAAAGGCAAUCUUGUUUCAUUUUGGAUUAUUUCUUAUGUUUAUGUCUUAUAAGGGCACUUUGAAUUUCCAAGCAAAUAAUAAUUUUGAAUUAGCUUUUAAUCAUUGACUUCUAGCACAGUUAUAUGAUCAGAAACAUGCUGUGUGAUUUGAUUGCUCUCAAAUAUAUUGAGAUUUGCUGGAACAAAAUAAGUCAGGUUAAUUUUUGUAAAUGUACCAUGCAUGCUUAAAAUGAAUGUAUCUACAUUUGUUCCUGAGAUACAGGUUGAUGGACGGAUGGCUACAUGGAUGUGAUGGAGAUGGUUUACUAUCGGGACCUUCCGCAUCCUGCUGAUGUUUUGUUGCUUAGGAUAUGAAUGGCUGAGCGGAGGCUGUAAAACCUGGCACCCUGCUUGGGUUAUCAAUACUCUGGCUGUCUAUCGUCAUCGUGAGACUGACUUUGGUGGAGGAGUUCGAGACCAGCCUGGCCAACAUGGCAAAACCCCAUCUCCACAAAAAUUGGAUAAUUUGAUAAUUAUCAUUAUUGGGUUUCUGAGACGUUACACAUUUGCCAUUCUCUUCUGCACAAGUUACCUUUGUGGGUCUUUCCUGAAGACUAUCUUCCGGUCUCGAAAUGGACAUGAUGGAUCCACGGAUGUACAGCAGAGAGCCUGGAGGUCCAACCUCAGUAGACAGGAAGGAAUUAAAAUUGGCCUGGAAGACAUCUGUACUUUAUGGAAACAGGUGGAAACAAAAGUUCAAGCUAAAAUCCAUAAGAUGAAGGUCAUAAAGAAAGUCAACCAUCAUUACAAAUUCAAUGGAAAGAGGAAGACCGCCAAAAAACAGAAAAUGUUUCAACGUGCGCAAGAGUUGCGGCGGCGGGCAGAGGACUACCACAAACGCAAAAUCCCCCCUUCUGCAAGAAAGCCUCUUUGCAACUGGGUCAGAAUGGCGGCAGCGGAGCAUCGUCAUUCUUCAGGAUUGCCCCACUGGCCCUACCUCACAGCUGAAACUUUAAAAAACAGGAUGGGCCACCAGCCACCUCCUCCAACUCAACAACAUUCUAUAACUGAUAACUCCCUGAGCCUCAAGACACGUGCCGAGUGUCUGGUCUAUCCCCUUCCACCCUCAGCGGAUGAUAAUCUCGAAACGCCUCUCGAGUGUCUCCUCACUCCUCUUCCACCCUCACGUCUAUCCUCAGCUCCACCCUCAGCGGAUGAUGAGACACCUGCCGAGUUUGUGGUCUAUCCCCUUCCACCCUCAGCGGAUGAUAAUCUCGAAACGCCUCUCGAGUGUCUCCUCACUCCUCUUCCACCCUCACGUCCAUCCUCAGCUCCACCCUCAGCGGAUGAUGAGACACCUGCCGAGUUUGUGGUCUAUCCCCUUCCACCCUCAGCGGAUGAUAAUCUCGAAACGCCUCUCGAGUGUCUCCUCACUCCUCUUCCACCCUCACCUCCAUCCUCAGCUCCACCCUCAGCGGAUGAUGAGACACCUGCCGAGUUUGUGGUCUAUUUCCUUCCACACUCAGCGGAUGAUGAUCUCGAAACGCCUCUCGAGUGUCUCCUCACUCCUCUUCCACCCUCACGUCCAUCCUCAGCUCCACCCUCAGCGGAUGAUGAGACACCUGCCGAGUUUGUGGUCUAUCCCCUUCCACCCUCAGCGGAUGAUAAUCUCGAAACGCCUCUCGAGUGUCUCCUCACUCCUCUUCCACCCUCACCUCCAUCCUCAGCUCCACCCUCAGCGGAUGAUGAGACACCUGCCGAGUUUGUGGUCUAUUUCCUUCCACACUCAGCGGAUGAUGAUCUCGAAACGCCUCUCGAGUGUCUCCUCACUCCUCUUCCACCCUCACGUCCAUCCUCAGCUCCACCCUCAGCGGAUGAUGAGACACCUGCCGAGUUUGUGGUCUAUCCCCUUCCACCCUCAGCGGAUGAUAAUCUCGAAACGCCUCUCGAGUGUCUCCUCACUCCUCUUCCACCCUCACCUCCAUCCUCAGCCCACCCUCAGCGGAUGAUGAGACACCUGCCGAGUUUGUGGUCUAUUUCCUUCCACACUCAGCGGAUGAUGAUCUCGAAACGCCUCUCGAGUGUCUCCUCACUCCUCUUCCACCCUCACCUCCAUCCUCAGCUCCACCCUCAGCGGAUGAUAAGACACCUGCCGAGUUUCUGGUGUAUCCCCUUCCACCCUCAGCGGAUGAUAAUCUCGAAACGCCUCUCGAGUGUCUCCUCACUCCUCUUCCACCCUCACGUCUAUCCUCAGCUCCACCCUCAGCGGAUGAUGAGACACCUGCCGAGUUUGUGGUCUAUCCCCUUCCACCCUCAGCGGAUGAUAAUCUCGAAACGCCUCUCGAGUGUCUCCUCACUCCUCUUCCACCCUCAUGUCUAUCCUCAGCUCCACCCUCAGCGGAUGAUAAGACACCUGCCGAGUUUGUGGUAUCCCCUUCCACCCUCAGCGGAUGAUAAUCUCGAAAUGCCUCUCGAGUGUCUCCUCACUCCUCUUCCACCCUCACGUCCAUCCUCAGCUCCACCCUCAGCGGAUGAUGAGACACCUGCCGAGUUUCUGGUCUAUCCCCUUCCACCCUCAGCGGAUGAUAAUCUCGAAAUGCCUCUCGAGUGUCUCCUCACUCCUCUUCCACCCUCACCUCCAUCCUCAGCUCCACCCUCAGCGGAUGAUAAGACACCUGCCGAGUUUCUGGUGUAUCCCCUUCCACCCUCAGCGGAUGAUAAUCUCGAAAUGCCUCUCGAGUGUCUCCUCACUCCUCUUCCACCCUCACCUCCACCCUCAGCUCCACACUCAGUGGAUGAUAAUCUCAAGACACCUCCCUUAGCUACUCAGGAGGCUGAGGCAGAAAAACCACCGAAACCCGAGAGGCGGAGCGCUGCUGACGUGCAACCAUCACCGAAACCCGAGAGGUGGAGCACCGCUGAUGUGCAACCAUCACCGAAACCCGAGAGGCGGAGGGCCGCUGACCUGGAAUCACCACCGAAACCCGAGAGGCGGAGUGCCGCUGACCUGGAAUCACCACCGAAACCCGAGAGGCGGAGCGCCGCUGACCUGGAAUCACCACCGAAACCCGAGAGGCGGAGGACCGCUGACCUGGAAUCACCACUGAAACCCGAGAGGUGGAGCGCUGCUGAUGUACAACCAUCACCGAAACCCGAGAGGCGGAGGGCCGCUGACCUGGAAUCACCACCGAAACCCGAGAGGCGGAGCGCCGCUGACGCGCAACCAUCACCGAAACCUGAGAGGCGGAGCGCCGCUGACGUGCAACCAUCACCGAAACCCGAGAGGUGGAGCGCCGCGGACCUGGAAUCACCACUGAAACCCGAGAGGUGGAGUGCCGCUGAUGUGCAACCAUCACCGAAACCCGAGAGGCGGAGGGCCGCUGAGCUGGAAUCACCACCGAAACCCGAUAGGCGGAGCGCCGCUGACGCGCAACCAUCACCGAAACCCGAGAGGCGGAGCACCGCUGACGCGCAACCAUCACCGAAACCCGAGAGGCGGAGCACCGCUGACGCGCAACCAUCACCGAAACCCGAGAGGUGGAGCGCUGCUGACGCGCAACCAUCACCGAAACCCGAGAGGCGGAGCUCCGCUGACGCGCAACCAUCACCGAAACCCGAGAGGCGGAGGGCCGCUGACCUGGAAUCACCACUGAAACCCGAGAGGUGGAGCGCUGCUGAUGUGCAACCAUCACCGAAACCCGAGAGGCGGAGGGCCGCUGAGCUGGAAUCACCACCGAAACCCGAGAGGCGGAGCGCCGCUGACGCACAACCAUCACCGAAACCCGAGAGGCGGAGCGCCGCUUACGUGCAACCAUCACCGAAACCCGAGAGGUGGAGCGCCGCUGACGCGCAACCAUCACCGAAACCCGAGAGGCGGAGCGCCGCUGACGCGCAACCAUCACCAAAACCCGAGAGGUGGAGCGUCGCUGACGUGCAACCAUCACCGAAACCCGAGAGGCAUAGGGCCGCUGACCUGGAAUCACCACCAAAACCCGAGAGGCGGAGCGCCGCUGACCUGGAAUCACCACCGAAACCCGAGAGGCGGAGGACCGCUGACCUGGAAUCACCACCGAAACCCGAGAGGUGGAGCGCCGCUGACGUGCAACCAUCACCGAAACCUGACAGGCGGAGGGCCGCUGACCUGGAAUCACCACCGAAACCCGAGAGGCGGAGCGCCGCUGACGCGCAACCAUCACCGAAACCCGAGAGGCGGAGCGCCGCUGACGCGCAGCCAUCACCGAAACCUGAGAGGCGGAGCACCGCUGAGGCGCAGCCAUCACCGAAACCCGAGAGGCGGAGCGCCGCUGACGCGCAGCCAUCACCGAAACCCGAGAGGUGGAGGGCCGCUGACCUGGAAUCACCACCGAAACCCGAGAGGCGGAGCGCCACUGACGCGCAGCCGUCACCGAAACCCGAGAGGCGGAGCGCCGCUGAGGCCCAGCCGUCGCCAAAACCCGAGAGGCGGAGCGCCGCUGAGGCGCCGCCGUCGCCGAAACCCGAGAGGCGGAGCGCCGCUGAGGCGCAGCCGUCGCCGAAACCCGAGAGGCGGAGCGCCGCUGAGGCGCAGCCGUCGCCGAAACCCGAGAGGCGGAGCGCCGCUGAGGCGCAGCCGUCGCCGAAACCCGAGAGGCGGAGCGCCGCUGACGCGCAGCCGUCGCCGAAACCCGAGAGGCGGAGCGCCGCUGACGCGCAGCCAUCACCGAAACCCGAGAGGCGGAGCGCCGCUGAGGCGCAGCCAUCACCGAAACCCGAGAGGCGGAGCGCCGCUGACGCGCAGCCAUCACCGAAACCCGAGAGGUGGAGGGCCGCUGACCUGGAAUCACCACCGAAACCCGAGAGGUGGAGCACCGCUGACGUGCAACCAUCACCGAAACCCGAGAGGCGGAGGGCCGCUGACCUGGAAUCACCACCGAAACCCGAGAGGCGGAGCGCCGCUGACACGCAACCAUCACCAAAACCCGAGAGGCGGAGCGCCGCUGACGUGCAACCAUCACCGAAACCUGAGAGGCGGAGCGCCGCUGACGCGCAACAAUCACCGAAAACCGAGAGGCGGAGCGCCGCUGACGUGCAACCAUCACCGAAACCCGAGAGGUGGAGCACCGCUGAUGCGCAACCAUCACCGAAAUCCGAGAGGCGGAGGGCCGCUGACCUGGAAUCACCACCGAAACCCGAGAGGUGGAGCGCCGCUGAUGUGCAACCAUCACCGAAACCCGAGAGGCGGUGGGCCGCUGACCUGGAAUCACCACCGAAACCUGAGAGGCGGAGCGCCGCUGACUCACAGCCAUCACCGAAACCCGAGAGGCGGAGCGCCGCUGACGCACAGCCAUCACCGAAACCCGAGAGGCGGAGCGCCGCUGACGCGCAGCCAUCACCGAAACCCGAGAGGUGGAGGGCCGCUGACCUGGAAUCACCACCGAAACCCGAGAGGCAGAGCGCCGCUGACGCGCAGCCGUCGCCGAAACCCGAGAGGCGGAGCGCUGCUGAGGCCCAGCCGUCGCCGAAACCCGAGAGGCGGAGCACCGCUGAGGCCCAGCCGUCGCCGAAACCCGAGAGGCGGAGCGCCGCUGACGCGCAGCCGUCGCCGAAACCCGAGAGGCGGAGCGCCGCUGAGGCCCAGCCGUCGCCGAAACCCGAGAGGCGGAGCGCCGCUGAGGCGCAGCCGUCGCCGAAACCCGAGUGGCGGAGCGCCGCUGAGGCGCAGCCGUCGCCGAAACCCGAGAGGCGGAGCGCCGCUGAGGCGCAGCCGUCGCCGAAACCCGAGAGGCGGAGCGCCGCUGAGGCGCAGCCGUCGCCGAAACCCGAGAGGCGGAGCGCCGCUGAGGCGCAGCCGUCGCCGAAACCCGAGAGGCGGAGCGCCGCUGAGGCGCAGCCGUCGCCGAAACCCGAGAGGCGGAGCGCCGCUGACGCGCAGCCAUUGCCGAAACCCGAGAGGUGGAGCGUCGCUGACGUGCAACCAUCGCCAAAACCCGAGAGGCGUAGGGCCGCUGACCUGGAAUCACCACCGAAACCCGAGAGGCGGAGCGCCGCUGACCUGGAAUCACCACCGAAACCCGAGAGGCGGAGGACCGCUGACGUGGAAUCACCACCAAAACCCGAGAGGUGGAGCACCGCUGACGCGCAGCCAUCACCGAAACCCGAGAGGCGGAGCGCCACUGACGCACAGCCAUCACCGAAACCCGAGAGGCGGAGCGCCGCUGAGGCGCAGCCGUCGCCGAAACCCGAGAGGCGGAGCGCCGCUGACGCGCAGCCGUCGCCGAAACCCGAGAGGCGGAGCGCCGCUGAGGCGCAGCCAUCACCGAAACCCGAGAGGCGGAGCGCCGCUGACGCGCAGCCAUCACCGAAACCCGAGAGGUGGAGGGCCGCUGACCUGGAAUCACCACCAAAACCCGAGAGGUGGAGCACCGCUGACGUGCAACCAUCACCGAAACCCGAGAGGCGGAGGGCCGCUGACCUGGAAUCACCACCGAAACCCGAGAGGCGGAGCGCCGCUGACACGCAACCAUCACCAAAACCCGAGAGGCGGAGCGCCGCUGACGUGCAACCAUCACCGAAACCUGAGAGGCGGAGCGCCGCUGACGCGCAACAAUCACCGAAAACCGAGAGGCGGAGCGCCGCUGACGUGCAACCAUCACCGAAACCCGAGAGGUGGAGCACCGCUGAUGCGCAACCAUCACCGAAAUCCGAGAGGCGGAGGGCCGCUGACCUGGAAUCACCACCGAAACCCGAGAGGUGGAGCGCCGCUGAUGUGCAACCAUCACCGAAGCCCGAGAGGCGGUGGGCCGCUGACCUGGAAUCACCACCGAAACCUGAGAGGCGGAGCGCCGCUGACUCACAGCCAUCACCGAAACCCGAGAGGCGGAGCGCCGCUGAGGCGCAGCCGUCGCCGAAACCCGAGAGGCGGAGCGCCGCUGAGGCGCAGCCGUCGCCGAAACCCGAGAGGCGGAGCGCCGCUGAGGCGCAGCCGUCGCCGAAACCCGAGAGGCGGAGCGCCGCUGACGCGCAGCCAUCGCCGAAACCCGAGAGGUGGAGCGUCGCUGACGUGCAACCAUCGCCAAAACCCGAGAGGCGUAGGGCCGCUGACCUGGAAUCACCACCGAAACCCGAGAGGCGGAGCGCCGCUGACCUGGAAUCACCACCGAAACCCGAGAGGCGGAGCACCGCUGACCUGGAAUCACCACCGAAACCCGAGAGGUGGAGCACCGCUGACGCGCAGCCAUCACCGAAACCCGAGAGGCGGAGCGCCGCUGAGGCGCAGCCGUCGCCGAAACCCGAGAGGCGGAGCCCCGCUGACGCGCAGCCGUCGCCGAAACCCGAGAGGCGGAGCGCCGCUGAGGCGCAGCCGUCGCUGAAACCCGAGAGGCGGAGCGCCGCUGAGGCGCAGCCGUCGCCGAAACCCGAGAGGCGGAGCGCCGCUGACCUGGAAUCACCACCGAAACCCGAGAGGCGGAGGACCGCUGACCUGGAAUCACCACCAAAACCCGAGAGGCGGAGCGCCGCUGACGCGCAGCCAUCACCGAAACCCGAGAGGCGGAGCGCCGCUGACGCACAGCCAUCACCGAAACCCGAGAGGCGGAGCGCCGCUGACGCGCAGCCAUCACCGAAACCCGAGAGGCGGAGCGCCGCUGACGCGCAGCCAUCACCGAAACCCGAGAGGUGGAGGGCCGCUGACCUGGAAUCACCACCGAAACCCGAGAGGCGGAGCGCCGCUGACCUGGAAUCACCACCGAAACCCGAGAGGCGGAGGACCGCUGACCUGGAAUCACCACCAAAACCCGAGAGGCGGAGCACCGCUGACGCGCAGCCAUCACCGAAACCCGAGAGGCGGAGCGCCGCUGAGGCGCAGCCGUCGCCGAAACCCGAGAGGCGGAGCGCCGCUGAGGCGCAGCCGUCGCCGAAACCCGAGAGGCGGAGCGCCGCUGAGGCGCAGCCGUCGCCGAAACCCGAGAGGCGGAGCGCCGCUGAGGCGCAGCCGUCGCCGAAACCCGAGAGGCGGAGCGCCGCUGAGGCGCAGCCGUCGCCGAAACCCGAGAGGCGGAGCGCCGCUGAGGCGCAGCCGUCGCCGAAACCCGAGAGGCGGAGCGCCGCUGAGGCGCAGCCGUCGCCGAAACCCGAGAGGCGGAGCGCCGCUGACGCGCAGCCGUCGCCGAAACCCGAGAGGCGGAGCGCCGCUGACGCGCAGCCGUCGCCGAAACCCGAGAGGCGGAGCGCCGCUGACGCGCAGCCGUCGCCGAAACCCGAGAGGCGGAGCGCCGCUGACGCGGAACCACCCCGCAAACCCAAGAAGCGGAGGGCCGCUGACGCGGAACCAGCAUCACCUGAUCCCAAGAGUCGGAGGGUCGCUCACGCGGAACCAGCAUCACCUGAACCCAAGAGGCGGAGGGUCGCUCACGCGGAACCGCCACGGAAACCCAAGAGGCGGAGCGCCGCUGACGCGCAGCCAUCACCGAAACCCAAGAGGCGGAGCGCCGCUGGCGCGCAGUCAUCACCGAAACCUGAGAGGCGGAGCGCCGCUGACGCGCAGCCAUCACCGAAACCCGAGAGGCGGAGCGCCGCUGACGCGCAACCAUCACCGAAACCCGAGAGGCGGAGGGCCACCGACCUGGAAUCACCACCGAAACCCGAGAGGCGGAGCGCCGCUGACGCGCAGCCAUCACUGAAACCCGAGAGGCGGAGCGCUGCUGACACACAGCCAUCACUGAAACCUGAGAGGCGGAGCGCCGCUGACGCGCAACCAUCACCGAAACCCGAGAGGCGGAGGGCCGCUGACCUGGAAUCACCACCGAAACCCGAGAGGCGGAGCGCCGCUGACGUGCAACCAUCACCGAAACCCGAGAGGCGGAGGGCCGCUGACCUGGAAUCACCACCGAAACCCGAGAGGCGGAGUGCCACUGACGCGCAACCAUCGCUGAAACCCGAGAGGUGGAGCGCCGCUGACGCUCAACCAUCACCGAAACCCGAGAGGCGGAGCGCCGCUGACGUGCAGCCAUCACCGAAACCCGAGAGGCGGAGCGCCGCUGACGUGCAGCCAUCACCGAAACCCGAGAGGCGGAGCGCCGCUGACGUGCAGCCAUCACCGAAACCCGAGAGGCGGAGCGCCGCUGACGCGCAACCAUCACCAAAACCCGAGAGGUGGAGGGCCACUGACCUGGAAUCACCACCGAAACCCGAGAGGCGGAGCGCCGCUGACGCGCAGCCAUCACCGAAACCCGAGAGGCGGAGCGCCGUUGACCUGGAAUCACCAGUGAAACCCGAGAGGCGGAGCGCCGCUGAUGCGCAGCCAUCACCGAAACCCGAGAGGCGGAGCGCCGCUGACCUGGAAUCACCACCGAAACCCGAGAGGCAGAGCGCCGCUGACGCGCAACCAUCACCGAAACCCGAGAGGCGGAGCGCCGCUGAUGCGCAGCCAUCACCGAAACCCGAGAGGCGGAGCGCCGCUGACGUGCAACCAUCACCGAAACCCGAGAGGCGGAGGGCCGCUGACCUGGAAUCACCACCGAAACCCGAGAGGCAGAGCGCCGCUGACGCGCAACCAUCACCGAAACCCGAGAGGCGGAGCGCCGCUGACCUGGAAUCACCACCGAAACCCGAGAGGCGGAGCGCCGCUGACGCACAACCAUCACCGAAACCCGAGAGGCGGAGCGCCACUGACGCGCAACCAUCACCGAAACCCGAGAGGCGGAGCGCCGCUGACGCGCAACCAUCACCGAAACCCGAGAGGCGGAGCGCCGCUGACACGCAACCAUCACCGAAACCCGAGAGGCGGAGCGCCGCUGACGCGCAACCAUCACCGAAACCCGAGAGGCGGAGCGCCGCUGACGCGCAACCAUCACCGAAACCCGAGAGGCAGAGCGCCGCUGACCUGGAAUCACCACCGAAACCCGAGAGGCGGAGCUCCGCUGACACGCAGCCAUCACCGAAACCCGAGAGGCGGAGCGCCGCUGACCUGGAAUCACCACCGAAACCCGAGAGGCGGAGCGCCGCUGACGCGCAACCAUCACCGAAACCCGAGAGGCAGAGCGCCGCUGACGCGCAACCAUCACCGAAACCCGAGAGGCGGAGCGCCGCUGACCUGGAAUCACCACCGAAACCCGAGAGGCGGAGCGCCGCUGACGCGCAGCCGUCGCCGAAACCCGAGAGGCGGAGUGCCGCUGACGCGCAGCCGUCGCCGAAACCCGAGAGGCGGAGCGCCGCUGACGCGCAGCCGUCGCCGAAACCCGAGAGGCGGAGCGCCACUGACGCGGAACCGCCGCGCAAACCCAAGAGGCGGAGGGCAGCUGACGUUGAACCAUCAUCACCCGAACCCAAGAGGCGGAGGGUUGGUGACGUGGAACUGCCACGCAAACCCAAGAGGCCGAGGGCCGCCGACAUGGAACCAUCAUUACCCGAACCCAAGAGGCGGAGGGUUGGUGACGUGGAACUGCCACGCAAACGCAAGAGGCCGAGGGCCGCCGACGUGGAACCAUCAUUACCCAAACCCAAGAGGCAGAGGGUCGGUGACGUGCAACCAUCAUCACCCGGACGCAAGAGGCGGAGGUUGAAUUAGCUGAGAACAGGCCAUUGCACUCAAGCCUGAGCAAUAAGAAUAAAACUGAGUAGAACAAAAUAAAAAAAUCAAAAAACAAAACAAAACCCACACUCCAAAAACAAAGAAUAAAUAAAUAAUAUAAAAAUAAAAUAAAUACUGCAGUCCUUA